AUGUUUAAAAUAUUAAUAAAAGAAGAGCUAAUGAAAUUUAAAAACUUAGUAAAUAAUUCUCAACAUGAAUAAGAAAGAGAAAACGUCCAAAUGUUAGAAAAAAAUGAAUAGAUUGCAGUUGAAUAAAAUGGUAAGGAAUUAAAUUUUUUCAUUAACAUAAAUGAUAAUACCUACUUAGCUUGUAUGAUAAAGGUAAUCCAAUUAGAACAAUAUCAAAUAAAAGAAUAGGAGGAUCUCUUAAAUAAAAUAUUUGAAGAAAUUAAUAGUUUCUCUGAAGAUCUUGAUCAAAUUCAAAGCUAUGAAAAUGAAACUUAAAAUGAAUACAAAUAAUUAUUCGAAGGUUUGUUGAAAGAAUUAAUAAAGAAAUUUGAGCGAUUAACUGUGGUGCAUAUCAAUUUAGAAUAAAUGUAAGAUGAAAAUUUUGAGCUAUUUUUGGAAAAAAUUAAAUCUAAUUUGUCUAAAUCGGUAAAUGAAGAAAAUAAUUAAAAAUAAACAAAUAUUUCUGAGUUUUUCAAUUCUUUAAAGUCUUAUUUAAACAAAAAAAUAACAGAACAAAAAGAACAAAGGUCAAUUCCAAAUUUUUUAAUUGAGUAAGAAUUUAUGAUUCAAUAAAUUAAAAAACUUUACAUCCCAGAUAGUUCAGUAGAAUAAGAUGAAAUAAAAAAUCAAGAAUUGGGAUACUUUGAUUCUUUAAAACAAAAAUUUUAAGAUUUUAACAGCAAUGACGAAUGGAAAAUUAAAUAGGGACUGGUAUUUACAAUAAUACAGGUUUCAUCAAAUUGUUUUACAGACAAGAUUAUUUCAUUUUGUUAGAAAACUUUAAUCUAAUUAUGGGUUUCGGAGAAAGAUUUAAGAGUAAGAAAUUUAUUAAAAAAUGAGAAGCUAAUUAAUGUAUAAAUGUAGAUUUUGAAGAAGGAUUGGUAGACAUAGCAUGAUAGAAUAUCUGGCGAAAUGUAAUAAAUGUUGAUGAGAAUAGAUGAAUUAUAAGAAUAAAUUAGUCAUGAGGCUAACCUCAGUAAACGUGAUUUACAACUAAAAGAAUUGGAUGAAACAACCUAAGAAUUGGAUGAAUAUAUAAGAAAUAUUAGUGAAAUGAGUUAAUAACUUAGAUUGAUAACUGACUUUGUUAAUCAUAUAAGAAAAAGUUUAUCAAAAGCCGAGGGGAAAAUUAAUCAAAUGAAAGAGUAGCUCAAUACUAUAGGAAACGACAUUAAAUUGUUGAAAGGAAAAUCUGUUGAAUAACUGCUUGAAAUCAGAAAAUGGAAGGUACUGAAAGAAGCAGCAUAUAAAAAUGUUAAAUCCAUCUAUGUGCCAUUAAAAACUUAAGAGAAAGGGAAAAAUAAAUAAAGUAAUUUGAUGAACUUAGAUUAAUUUGAUGAUAAAGGAGGUGAAUUGAAUGAGUUUUUAUUAGAAGAAAAAACAGUUAUGCUAAUACACGGAAUAGCUGGAUCUGGCAAAAGUAUAGCCUAAGUUCAAUAGUUUUUGGAUAUGGAAGAAUAACAUAAUUCCAUAUUUAUGGUACAUGAAUGUUUAAUUAACAAUUAAAUAAUUAAUGGUAAGAAAAAGGAGCAGAUUUAAAAUCUUCCAAUAUACUUGGAUAUUUUAGUAGCAUUUACGCAAAUGCCUUAGAAGUUUCAAAAUAAUGUUUAAAAUAAAGCAUUCCCACUUUACAACAGCCAAAAAAAUAGAAGAAUUUAUUUGGAAAUUACAUGAGAUUAAUUAAAAAAUCAAAAAUCAAGUGCUCAUACCAAUUUAUAUUUCAUUACCAUCUUUAAAAAACCCAGUUUUUUAAGCAGUAGAGGAAACGCUUUGUUCGAUUGAUUAUGGAUUUGACUCUCUAUAAUUAAAAGAAUGUAAAUAAAAGUUAGAAAACAAGCAAUUUAGGUUGUUAUUGAUAAUGGACAGUUAUGAUGAGAUGAAACUAGAUAAUAUUUAAAAAAACCUUUACUUAAAUAAUGGGGUUUAAUAAAAUUGGUCAGACCCACUUGUAAUUUUUACUACAAGAAGCGAAAUUUUUACAAGCAUUAAUUAUAGUGAUUGGUUUACACCUGAAGAAAAAGCAAAAUUUAAAGAAAUUGAGCUUCUAAAAUUUGAUGAGGGAUAAACAAAGGAAUAUCUAAAAAAAUACACUAUGCAAAGUAUCAAAUUACUGGUUUAUGAAAUAUAUGAAUGGAAAAUAUCAAUUGAAAAAAGAAACAUAGAUAUCAAUAAAUUUGAAUAGUGUUGGGAAAAAUUAUAGUAAUCAAUUUAGAAAUUUGAUGGAUCCAAGUAGAAAUCUCAGUUACUUUUGCAUUAAAGAUAAAUAGAAAUCAUUUUAUAAUUUUUGGGCCAGGAUGAAUUUUUUGCUUUAAAGAGUAGGGAAGCAAUCCGAAGUCUUGAAAUUAAUUUAUCAAAAUUAUGGAGUAUUGAGAAGUAUGAAAAUAUGAUGAACUAGAUAAAUUUAAAUAAAUUGGUAGAAACUCCAUAUAUGAUGGAAAUAAUAGUUUAAGUGUUGCCUUAAAUAAUGAUUAAAUAGGCUGAGAUAAGUAAAAUGAAAU